AAUUCUUUUCUAGUUUACGGAAAGGGGAUAUUUCUAUAGCUAGGAUAUUUUCUCGUACAGCUUGGUUAUAUGUCACGAGUUAAGUUUUAAUUUAAGCUCAAAUAGAUUGUUCAGAUAUUUUCAGGAAUGAUCAUUCUAAUCUCGGGCAGAUCCUUGGACAUUUGUGGGUUUGGAAGAUCUUUCAGAAAACUCGACGCCCCAAUACUCUGUAGACUGGUUUCCGUUGUGCUCGUAACAAUAUUGUUUUUUCCCAGAAUACACACGAGACCCAAAUCGCAUUUCUUAAUUAUCAGUUUGUGAUUUUCAGGAGUUUGAGUUAGAAUUUCAUGUUAGAGUUAGAGUUUUAUGAAAGACAUAUUUGAUCUAUUGUCUGAGAAGCUUAUCAUUUUCAGUAUGUCCUCUAUCAGGGAGAGAAAUUUUAUAUCCACUUGCAACUUAAAAGAUUAGAGCAUAACUUACUAUAGCGUGAAAUUGUAUUGAAUACGUUUCAUAGCUGUUUGAUAACCUUUUUUCACAGUUAACUUUACUCAUUUGCAUUACAAGAUAAUCCAGCAUAUGUGUAAGGCAAUAUUUGUAGUUUCUGCCCGAAAUUGCCUCGCCUCCAUGUUAGAUUACAUUGUAAUGCAAAGAGGAAAAAUUAAUCUUUAAACGGGCUAUUGUUUUAUUGCACUUAUGAUUGGACAUAAUAUUUAUCAUUAUUCUAAAGUCUAGCCCAGUUCCACAUGUGCUUGCAUCAGGUAUCUGUGGGACAGUAUGUUACCCUUACUUAACUAUGCUUGAACUAACUGGAAUACUAAUCAGGCUAAUAAGAAUGCUAAUUAACUGAGCUGGGAUGCCACAGGGUAAUCUUUGCUGACAUCAUUGUUGACAUAAAGAAGACAUAAAGAACACAUCAUGUCAGAUAUGAAUUAACUUUUACAUGGUGAAGUUUUAAGCUCUUUUGAUCCAUUAUUGAAGGAGAUAGUGGUUUUAAGAAACUGCAGAAUUUCUGGGUGGCAAAAGUGUUAAUGGGCCCAUACAUUCUUUGUGAAAUUUUGAGUUUUUAAAUCUACAUUUCACCAUAAAGCUGAAAUCAUACACAGGUCUAUAUUGCUUGAAAUGGUUUGACAGCAUUCCCUUUGCUUUCUGAGAAAAUGGGAAAAAUGGGAAAAUGGGAGAAGUUGCCAGAAUUGCUGAAAGUAAUGACUUGUUAGUAUCCCACUAGCACUUUUUGGGCAAGUUGUAAAUGUUGUUGUCAUAUGACAAAUUUUUUUUAAAAAAAUGCACUGUUUUUUUUUUUUUCUCAGUAGGAGCUAAAUCCAAAUGUUGAGGCGAAACUGUCAUACUUACUGAAAUUUGUACAGAAAAGUGUAGAAGAAUGCAAUCAAAAGGAAGAAUCAACAUUUACAAUAAAUGAGGAGGCUGAUGAUCAAUUGAUUGUGAAAAUGAAGACAAAGCUACAGGCAGGUGUGCCAUUUGUUUGGGAGUUCCACUGUUCAGUCGGACAAAAGGACAUGGUUGGAUCACAGCUGGUUCAGCCAAUGUUAGCCAUGAUUAACGAGUUACAGAGACGUCAAACUGAGCUGUGCGUUCUGCUGAGGAAGAAAGAUCUGGAGAUUUUGGAUUAUAAGGGUUCAGGAGUUCGCUUGUCAAGAAAAAGCCUUGGAACUACUGAGUUUGAUGAAAACUCCUUCAAAAGCAAAAUGAUUCUUUCAGCGGGAUUUGAAGACGCUGUGAAAGAAGCUGCUACAAAAGGAUUUGACGAUGCUUCGUGCGAGCUUUACAAACAGAUCAUGAUUAAAACAGCAUGGUUGGCAGAAAAAGAUUUACCUGAACCAGAGGAAGAUGAUGAAGACCCUGAUGAUAUUUACGGGUCAAUAGCAGUUGGAGGAGCUGUGGGGGGCCCCAGUGCGCCUUCGUGGACUGAUUUGCCCCCACCAUCCCUCCUAGGAAAGCACGGCGAAACCUUAACAACGUCCCCUAGGGGAUCCCCCAGGAAAACGCCUGUCACAUCACCUGCAAGGUCUUCCGGGAUGUCAUCGCCUGCUAAUUCACCGUCAAAGGACAUGGAACUUCAAAGACGAGAAGAACUGCAGAAGAGACUAGCCGAGGAAGCUGAACGAAAGAAAAGGAAAAAACGCAAGAUUAACCUUUAAAAUUACAGGCGCAAAAGACGUGUUUCGAUUAGGCUCCACGUAUGCUGGCGCUAAAAGUUCUUUCAUGAUUACCUACUGCCGGAGACGUUGUCUGAUGGCGAGUACGUUCGCUUCAAAAACAAGUUAAGUCCCUGACACAAAGGAAAACAGAACAUGACAAAAGUAGAGAAAUUUUUAAUUCAGCACAUGACAUGUUCUCAAGCCACCGGUUAAUGAGUUCUCGCCAUCACCAAGAGAACCAACACAACAUAACAUUUUAUUGACAAAUGCUAUUUAUAUUAAAGAGAAGAGGGCGACAUGUGUUUAAAAGCAGCAUUUAAUAGAUUAUCUUUAGAUUUUAAAAAAAUUGUUAGGGCUACUACGUAUACCUUGAAAAAUUUUACAAUUUGCGAAAUAGAACGUCUUAGAAAAACGUAUUGUACGAAUGUACAGCUUCCAAACGUUUUAUUAAUAGAUUACUUUUGUCAACAUUUCGUCAUCUUUCUGUCUUUCAUAAUUUCUUCAUCCGAUAGCGACGUUUUCCUUUUCUUUGACUUCAAGUAAAUUUUGGAUAUUCAAAUUUUCCCGAACUGUCAUACAAGAGAACCCUAUUUGAUCACUGGUUCUUUGUCACGCAGAAAAAAGCUUCAGUGCCAUUUACAAUAAAUUGAUAAGCUUGAUGAAAAAUUUGUCUUCAAUCCCCAUGUAAUUUGCGCUCGAUAUAAACAGCGCCAUAUGUUCAGCCUCGUACCCAUUUAAAUAAGAAAUUUAAGGCAAAGCUGUCUUCAUAGGCAACACUAUUAUUAUAUCACAAAGGUUUGCAGUUUAGUGUCCUAAAAGAUGGCGCGAGGCAGUUGAAAAAUGUUUGUAAGUGAAUCGUGUUUCUACAACUGUGUGUUGUUUUCUGUAUAAUUUACAAAAACGACAUUUGCUGCUGGAUAAAUAAAUGUGGACUGUGUGUUUUUCAGUUACGAAUCUAUUAAAACAGAAUUAUAUCA